AUGAACAUGUCGCUACCAGAAGCAGCUCUAAAACGUAUCGCAAAUGAAUUACCGUCUUCGGACGUGUAUUCAAUGAUAUUAAUCAACAAGUCAUUUGCCGCCUCAACCAUCAAGUCGUUGUGGCAUCACGUCGCAUUACGAGGCAAGAGACAGAUCAAUGCUCUGACGCGUUGCUUGAAGAAAGGAGGCAAAGCCACGUUUCCUUAUGGAUCCUAUGUCAAGGAAAUGUCACUUUAUGAAUUCAAUCCUACUAUGGGCGACUACGAUCCAACAGAUCUAGAAAUCAACAUGAACCUCAUAAACAGUAUAGCACCAUUCUUCCCAAACCUAGCUUCCAUAGGCCUCUUCUUUGGCUUCCCAGACGCAACAAUCGGCUCCUCAUCACCAUCCCCAUUCCCCUUUGACGCUCUUGCAUCGUCCAUACCAGGUCUUGAAGCUCUCCAAGUCUGGAAUUCAUAUAAUCCAACACCAUCACUACGGAACUUAAUCACGAAUUGUAAAAACCUCGUCAGACUAGAUGUCGCUUUCUUUUAUAUGGAUGCUGGGGUGCUAGCACAUGUGCUUGAAAAGGGCAAAAAGAUACGAAAUCUGCAUUUGAAUGCUAUAAUGGGGGUGUCGAACGAUGAGUUGGUAUCGUGUCUCGCUAAGGCUCCAGAUCAGUUACGAGAACUGUCGUAUCGUGGUGUACAGCCGCUCACACCAGCACAUAUAGGACAGAUCGUGAGAUACCAGCACCGUAUAACAUAUCUAGGGAUUGUUGGAAGCGCAUUAAAUGCUCAUGGACUCCAAACACUCUCAGCUCUCCCAUCACUCAAACGACUGGAACUGGAAUUCUCACCCGUAGACCAGUCUGUAGUAACCGAAACCGACUUUAUAAACCUCGUCACAGAGACCAAGUCUCUCAAACACCUCCAUCUCGAAAAGCCCAACUUUUAUAGUAUAGACUUGAUUCAACACAUAGUAGCUUCGUGUCCGCAUAUGGAUAGCUUUAGUAUUGGACUACGGCAAGAUAAACAGCAGGCUCGUAAUCUCGUCGAUGAGAUCAAGGCAUAUGGACAUGCAUCGUGUGAUGCGAAUGGCCUUGUAAUGUUUGAGAGAAGUAAGAAACCAUUAGCAUAA